AUGAGUUCAACAACAAAAAGGAUAUCUGUUGUUCUUUUAGGUGAUCAUGGGGUUGGAAAAAGUAGUGUAGCUACUCGAUUCGCAACAAAUGUGUUUAUGUCUGAUUAUUCAAUACAUUCAAAACAAAUACAAGUUUCCAGGGUUUCAGUUGAUGGAACUGACUAUGACAUUGGUGUUAUAGAUACAAAUGCAACAAUGACAACUCAAAAUGAUGACCUAAUAACGAAAGGAGACGCAUUUAUUGUCAUGUACUCUGUCACAAACAAAGACUCAUUUCUUCAUUUGCCAUUAUAUUUAAAUCGUAUUUACGAAUUACGGAAAGACCAUUCUAAAUCAAUUCCUAUUAUUAUCGUUGGUAAUAAAUGUGAUGAAAAGCGACGUGAAGUUGUCUAUGAGUCAGGACAAUUAUUUUCAGAUUCAAUCUCAUGCUUAUUUAUGGAAACAUCAGCCUUAGACUAUACUAAUAUUAAUCACUUAUUUGACAUAAUUGUUAGAGAAUGGAUUUCAUUUCACCCAGAAGAGAAUAACGCGUCGUGUGUUGUCGUUUGA